AUGUACACACCGCCACCAGAACCUGCGGCGUUUACAAGAGAGGAAGCAAGCAAUGAAUUACCGACAUUUGCAAACCGCAGCAGCUCCCGGUGGCGGUCAGGAUCACGGAAAGGCGCCCGGCGAGGUUUAACCAAGCCAGGCAAUCCCGCGGCACCACCCUCGAGCUCUGUCUUUGCUUGGCUUGUGUUGCAGAAUAGUAUGGUGCUUUCUGCUGCUAUCUUCAUCACGCUGAUUGGCCUGAUCAUAUAUCUGCACUUCGUGAAAAUUGACCAGGAAUCCCUACUGGUGGGCCGAGUGAAGGACGUGGUUAUCAAUGAAGCCAUCCAUAUGCAGAAAGUUAUCUACUACCUGUGCAUCCUCCUUCAGGACCCUGGAGAUCCUCAGGGAGUAUCUGAGGUCGUGCCGCUCUUUCAGAGCUCCAAGCCACGUUUGGACUGCUUGAUAGAAGUGUACAAAAGUUGUCAAGAAAUCCUGGAGCAGAGGAAGACAGCUCCACAAUCAAGUGGAAUAAAAUAGUAAAAAAACCAAAAUCAAAGCAGAAAACUUGCAGCGGGACUCGGAGACACAUAUGGAAAAGCAAGCAAAACUGCCCCACGGCUUUUCUUAAUUAGAUGAGUAGAAAGCAGUGCAGCAGUACGACGAUGUUAGGGCUAAAGGCCUGCACAGACUCACAGAGUUGUUACAGAAGAUGUCAGUUCAAACACAGAAGCGAACCUUGAAAUUCUCUGCUAUGAAGACAGGUGAGCAGAACUUUUAGGCUCAGACAGAAAAGGUUUUUUCCUUGCCUCUCCAGAAAAUAAUUAUGGGGAAAUAGGGCAAAGGAGGCAAGAACAUGCAUCUAACGUUUACUCUUCUGUGGAUCUGAAAGUUAUGAUAAACUCAUAAUGUAACCUUGGCCAGACUGCCAAAAAUAUGCAUUUUUUUGUUUCUAUUUAACCCUUUGUUUGAAAACAGCAUAUACCACUGUAAAUAUGAAAUCUGAUAUGUGGGCUGGGAUGGUAACUUCCUGAUCCAC